UGCUCUUGUUGACCCGUCUGCAGAAGAGCAAGAUGGCUAACUUGGACGUAGAGGAUUUUAUUCAACAAAACAGAGCUGUGGCGGACAAAGUGGAAACGUAUCGAGGUUACUGGGAGAGUGAGAAACACUGGGAGGCCAGGAGGGAGUUUAUCCUGCGGAACAUGAACGACUUCGAGGAUCCGCAGCUGGACCAGCUGCUCUCUCUGUCCAUGGUGUGGGCUAACAACGUCUUCCUCGGCUGUCGGUAUAGCACAGAGCUCCUUGACAAAGUGAAGGAAAUGGCUGAAGGCAUCGAGGUGGAGGACGCGCCAGUCUUCAAAACAAGAGAUGAGAUUAUGAAAAAGCAACAGGGUCGAUGACCAGUUCAUCCAGUCUGGUGAUGUCAGGUCGAGCCUGAAGAAUGCUGGGACUCAGCUGUUAUGUACAUAUACAGGCUGUGCUUGUAACUAGUCACACCACAUUUCACGUGGUUUUACAAUCUGACGGUGUUUGUUACGGAUGUGAUCAGUGUGAACAUUUUUAUUUUUUUUUUUUAUCAGAAGCAGAGAGACUGUGAUACUCAGUAUUUAACUGUGCAGACAGCAGUGAUAGUUUUAGCAGUGUGGAGCUUCACUGCUCGUCCGUUUUUACAUUGUUUUACAUUUUUGUAAUCAUCAUUUUUGGUAGUUUUUUUUAAUUAAGUCAGAUGACAGACACUGGAUCUUGUUAUGAUGUCCCCAUCUGAAGAGCAAUAAAUUACUUUCCCCUCUUA